CAUCUGCCCGGAUGAUCAGAUACAUACACCGCACGCACUUGCACAGCAACACUACUGGACCUUGCUCUCACAUCUCCGGACUGCAGCUCGGAUUAAAGGCUGGAUCGUUCUCCUGUCGUACUCUGACUGGACCGUCUGCAGACCAUUAAGAAACGUCUCCUCUCCAGUCUCCGUUGAGGUCAGCCCAGAGCAGCCAUCCCGAUGGACGGCGAAAAUGACCAGAACGUCUCCGUGCCAGAGGCGACCUGCGACUGGUUCUCCCCGUCCUUGCACCAGAAGGGCCUCAUCCCCGCCAUGUACAGCGUCAUCUUCGUGCUCGGUUUCCUCGGCAACGUGCUGGUGGUGUGCGUGCUCUGCCAGCGUUCGUGUCGUCAGACGGUGGCCAACACGUACCUGGUCAACCUGGCCAUGUCGGACCUGCUGUUCCUGUCCGGACUGCCCUUCUGGGCCGUCUACUACUCGCUGGAUUACAACUGGGUGUUCGGCUGGCUGAUGUGCAAGGUGUGCGGCGGCCUGAUGUCGCUCAACGUCUACGCCAGCAUCUUCUUCAUCACCUGCAUGAGCGUGGACCGCUACCGGGCCAUCGUGCACCCGUUCCGCUCGCAGUCCAGCCGCAGCGUGUGCCGGGCGCGGGCCGUGAGCGCCGCCAUCUGGGCCGUGGCCGCGCUGAGCACCGUGCCCAACGUCUGGUUCCGCCAGCUGCACCCGCUGCCGCCGCUCAACGCCACGGCCUGCGUGCUGGCCUACCCGUCGGCCGCCUGGUGGCCGGCGCAGGCGCUGGCCAAGAACACGCUGGGCUUCCUGCUGCCGUUCACCGUCAUCGUCACCUGCUACUGCCGCAUCGGGCGCCACCUGCUCAACACGCCCACCAUCGAGCAGGGCCCCGAGCACCUGGACCGCGUGCUGCGCAUGGUGGUGGCCGUGGUGCUGGCCUUCUUCCUCUGCUGGUUCCCCUUCCACGUGCUGACGCUGCUGAGCGCGCUGGGCUCGCUGGGCGUCCACACGCCGUGCUGGGUGGAGAAGGCCGUGGAGGCGCUCAUGUCCUUCGCGCUCUGCCUGGGCUUCUCCAACAGCGCCAUCAACCCCUUCCUCUACUGCUUCGUGGGCAACCACUUCCGCGAGCAGCUGUGGCGCCUCUACAAGGAGAAGGCGCCGCGCCUGUCCCAGAAGAGGGACUCCAUCAGCACGCGGCUCAGCUCCUUCUCCAGGAAGCUGAGCGACCUGCGGGAUCCGGGGGUCCCCGACACGCCCACGCUGCGUCUGGCGUCCACCUCCACCUCGUAAUGCUCGUGUGGGGGCAGAGCCCUCGUUGUUGGGCAUCUUUCACUCAUCAGUCACACACUCUUAGGGUCCCCCUGAGGUUCUUCUUCUAUCCGACCUCUGGACAAAGACAUGUAAAGAGCCUGUUGAUAACAUGAGCUUUCCAGAAGUCUCACAGUCCAGAGUGGUGAGCAUCUUUAAAGCUCUUAGAGCAGACUUCAGGUUAGCUCUGCAUGGAAGAGUGGAGACUCUAUGGGAGAGAAAACACCUGGGCAAAGAUUAUGUAUUUAAACCACUGUAUAGUGAACUAAAUCUCUAUAUGUAUUGUACUGACCAUCAUACUGAACUGAUCAUCACACAAUUAUACUAUUUUGAGAUGAACAGAGAAGAAGUUGGCCCAAAAACACAUUGGAAGCUGGUUGGUAACGCACCCUGUGUGAACAUGGCACAUUUUUGAGUUUAACUCGAUCAAUCAAUGAAUCGAAAUCAGGAAAGCUCAGGGAAGGUGAACGGAACUGGACAUCCAUUUCAUUCUAAUGCUGAGAGUGUUCAUUUGAAAAACUCAUGGAUUUUUAAAUAGUUCAUAAACCAUACUUUACACAUUUAUAAACUUAAGAUAUAAACAUUAUUUCAUUCAAAUGGGUCUCCCACAGGGUUUAUGCUGUAGUUUAGAAGCAUUGCUAUAAAGUGUCAUAUUUAAAAUACUUGCUUACAUUUAUACCAAUUUGCCAGUAGGCUUCCUUCACAUGUGUUUUGAUUCACCGCAGGUUUCUUUUUUGUACAUAAAGAAUCACCAAAGUUUUUCUAUCUAAACUGAAGGUGUGCUUCAGAUAAGGGAAAUAAAGAAGAUAUAUUCACCUAAUAUAACCAUCGGUACUGAUAUUGCGUUAGAACAUGAGACAUGUAUAAAACGUGUGAAUGUUUUAAAUAAUUUGAUGUAUGUUAUAUUAUAUAAACAUAAAAAACUGUGUGAUAUGUAAUAUUAGUCUCACUAAAUAUGUGUUGUGCCUGUCCACAAAGCCUAUAAAAGUGCUUUUAAAAUAACUUGUCUGCACUGGAGAAAACAAUAAACUUACGGUACAAUUUC